CAGUUUAGAGCCAUCAUGAGUUGGUCAGCAGACACCAGACUGCGGCCACAGCAAAGACUUGACACAAAAUGGCUGAAAACAGACAUUCAGGCAGCGUUUCAGCGCGAUGGGCUCAGUCAGUUGUGGAAUGAACUGGUAAAGGAUGGAGAAAUAGCUGCUAGUAAUAAUGAUGGCCUGAUCAACAGCGCUGGCGUCCUCGCAAGGAAAGGGGAAACUGGGAAGUAUUAUUGUGGUAUGUGGGGCCUGACCUGCAGAUGUUGCAAUGGACACUGUGGCCCAGACAAUGGAUGUAACUGUACCCCUUGUCAACUACUGGACAAGGAAGAGGAAACUCGGCAACAGGAGGAAGCUCACCGACCCAAACCCUCCUCACCCCUCAUAGAGUCCUGGACAUGGGGACAACAGCCAGAUACAAACCAGCUAUGGGAAUGCCUGGCUUCUCAGCUUUAUGAGCAUCAGAAGCUUUGUACAGAAGCAGCAUGCAGCUCCAUGUCUGUGACACGCUUACAGCAACGCCUGGCGGUUAUGGAGCGAUACUUCAUUGCAUUGAGUCGCCAGUCACCAGCCGAAGGCCGCACUCCCACCAAAAAAAGCCAGGCAAACCAGACCAACCUCAGCAAACAGAAAAGUUCUGUGAAGCCUGCAGAGAAAGCUACGUUGGGUCUGGCUCGUGUUGGGUCACGCGCUGCACUCAGUUUUGCUUUUGCAUUUCUGCGGCGUGCAUGGCGGUCAGGAGAGGAUGCUGAUUUGUGUAGUGAACUGCUACAGGAGUCGUUGGAAGCUCUUCAGUCCCUCCCAGAGGCCACGUUAUUUGAUGAAGGUUCAGUUUCAUCUGUGUGGCUUGAGGUCGUAGAAAGGGCAUCUAAGUUCCUACACUCUGUAGUGGCUGGUGACUUAAGUGGACCAACAAGCUCUAAAACACCAAGUAAAAUUCCAGUUCAGGACCAACAAAGUGCAUUAUCUCUCUUGUUGGAACUCUCCAUUCAAAGAGGCUCGUUAAGUCACAUCCUUAGCUCGGUACUUCUCCUUCUGAAUCUGUGGAACAACAGUCGACAUGAGUUUGAUAAUCGUGUCAGCAGCAGCCUCCACAGUGCCCCACUUAUUCCUUUCCUGAAGCGUUUCCAGAACAUCCAAAUGGUCAAGUCCCAUCAUUACGAUGUCUCAAAAUGGGAGGAGUCCGAGGUAUAUGCUGUAAGUCCUACAGACUGUUUCUUACAUUACCUGUCCUAUCCUGACAAUACAGACACACCGGUGGACCUUAAACAGUCUGCUGUUGUCAUCAUGUCGCAGCUGGAUCGAUUCUGUAGCCCUUACCUACCGCCAUCACAUUCACAAAAAUCACACAGAAACAACCUCACACAAGAAGUUUAUAGCUGGGGCUGGCAGGCAUGGGCAACAGGGACGAGCAAGCAGGGGCCGCAUCUCCUCGAGUUCUUCAUGGAUGUUGGAGGCAUCAUGCAAAUCACUUGUGCUGAAAGAUGUAUACUAGUGCUGGCCAAAAAUGGGAAAUUAUAUACAAUGUAUUACAGUACAGAGUCACCGGGGCUGCAGUUGGUGACUGGUUUUGGUGACAGAGAAGUAGUUAAGAUUUCAUCUCAUCCUGAUGGUAAACAUUUUCUAGCCCUUUCAAGUGACGGUGAAGUAUUCUCCUGGGGGAACGGAGAUGGAGGUCGACUUGGACAUGGGGACAACAUAUCUCGAGAGGAGCCGACAUUGAUCUCGGCUCUGUCAGGUAAACAAAUCGUACAGAUAUCUUGUGGUAGCACAUACAGUGCUGCCCGCACUGUCAACGGAGAGCUGUACACAUGGGGUCGGGGUAACUACGGUCGAUUAGGACAUGGCAGCACAGAUGACCAAUGUCUUCCAGGACUUAUCAAGACACUCAAGGGCCACCGUAUUCUAGACAUGGCUUGUGGCAGUGGGGAUGCCCAGACCAUCGCCGUCAGUGACACAGGAGCGGUAUAUUCCUGGGGCGAUGGAGAUUAUGGAAAACUUGGACGUGGAGGUAACGAUGGAUGUAAAACACCCAAAGUCAUAGAGAGGCUUAUUGGACAGGAUGUGCAUCGUGUGUUCUGUGGAGCACAGUUCAGUCUUGCUCUCACUCGCUCUGGUGGAGUUUUCGCAUGGGGGAAAGGAGAUAACCACAGACUGGGCCAUGGGUCAGAGGAUCAUGUGCGUCAUCCCAAACAGAUUGAAGCGCUAGCUGGUAAAAAGGUGGUAGACAUAGCCAUUGGGUCUAUGCACAGUGUAGCACUUACAGAAGAUGGAGAAGUAUAUGGUUGGGGGCGCAAUGAACAUGGACAGAUUGGAGAUCCCUCGAACAACACAAUUCCAGAACCCACUCUCCUCACUGGUGUAGAUGGCAGAAACAUCAUUGGUGCUUCAUGUGGCCCCUCCCAGACAUUUUCUUGGUCAUCUGGCGGUCAAUGGACAGUAGGAAACAGAGUGCCCUUUAUUGUGGAUGUAUGUAAAGGCACAUUUGACCAACUGGAAGAACUGCUGUCUGAAGUAUGUGAAGAAAUGGACGGGCGGUCAGACUGGCCACCACCUCAGGACAAGGAAUGCAUCGCAGUGGCUUCACUCAACCUGCUUAAUCUCCAGCUUCAUGCUGCAAUAUCACAGUCAGAAAAUAUGGAGACUCUUGGCUUAGGAUCUGGGAGCCCCCUGGUGACAAGUUUGAAACAGAGAGUUGUAUCCCUUGCCAGUAAUGUUGGUGUGCUCAACACAGUACAGAUAGCUGCCCAGAAUGCUCUCCAGAGUGGCUGGUCAAUCCUUCUGCCCACAGCAGAGGAGAGAGCACGGGCUCUGUCAUCCCUCCUCUCUAAUGGUGCUGCUGGACAUGAUGUGGCUGUGAUGAGUCCAGGGCAAAGGUUUAUGACUGACCUCCUGGUCAGUUCUUUGAUGGCUGAUGGCGGACUCCAGUCUGCUCUCGAUGCUGCAGUCAAAAAAGAAAUGGUGGAAAUAGAGGAGAAAAAAGAAAAGGAGAGAGAAAAUGGAGAUGCUGACUCUGACAAAUCAGAAGAAACAAAAACAGAAGACAUACAGACAGAAAGAGACACAGAUGAAUAUGGAACCACUAUCCCUCUGUUACAACUAAUACAACAGUUGCUAAGAAACUCGUCAACCCACUCACUAUCUCAGUUACACAACCUGGACCGUGACAGUGGACUCAAGGUGGAUGAAUCCGACUCAAAAGAGGCAUCACCUUCCCUAGACCUACUUCUUCAGGUUCAGCGCCUUCUUGUAGCUCGAAUAUUCCCCCGGGAUAUGGACAAACAGUCUUUCUCGAUGGAGAUUGAACUGGAAGCCCAGGGUACAGGACAGCUCCUUCGGAAGUAUGUCCUAUUGCUGUGCAGUCAUGUAUCAGAUGUUUUACAAGUUGCGGUCAGUCUGUCCCAUACCAGUCCCAAACACUUCUCCAUUGUUUCCAAGGUCAUACGCAAAGAUGUCACAGGUAUUUUGUUGCCGGAAAUGGUGACCUGCAUGAUCCUGCUACAUCUAAAGAACCCAUUAGUGAUCUACCAAUCACGAUGUAUCACGGUCCUCGAAGGCCUAUUGGACCUGCUGAAUCAGUACAACAAAGUGGCACCGGGUCUGGACCGUGACGACAAGGAAGAUCUGGCCUGGCCCGGAGUGUGGAGUUACACUCUGGAGAGGUACCUACAGAAGCCAACAGAAGAUGUACAGUUGAUCCGUAAACCUGAUCUAGAGAACCACAACAAAGAUGGUGGCCUGUGGAUUGUCAUCCAUGGCAAGGUGUAUGAUGUUCAUGACUUCAAGUCACAGGCCCCAUGUGGCAGUGAAAUACUUAGAGAGUAUGCAGGUCGAGAUGCGACGUCAGCAUUUGAGGCAGUUCAUCAUCCAGAGGAUGCUCGGGAGAUGAUGCAGGGAUUUUGUGUGGGACAGUAUGUGGAUCCAGAAAAGGACAUAGUGCAGACAGCUGAUACCAGCUCUGCCUCCUCUCCACUGAUGGACAUUGAGCGGGCUCUGGGCAUACUUCUGGGCCUGCAUGCUGCAUACAUGGCCUGUAGCACACCUCUGUCCCAGGAAGAACAAGAAUACAAUCACUGGCUUCAGUCCCAAUUCUUCACAGGGGGCCUCCAGGUCCUCCAACCAAAGAACCGCUUUGAGGAAGAAAAGGGGGAGAGCAGAACUCCCUCCUGUAACACCACGCCAGGUACGCCACCGACUUCAGAACCACAACACUUUCCUGAUCAGGACAAAGAGAAACUGUUUGACCGCCAGGCCUCCCAGGCAGAUGUGUCACGGCCUUUUCUCCAAUCCGUCGCUGAAGGUCGUAUGCAGGACCACUUUACAAAAUCCUUCCUUGGUAUCAUGGAAAAGUAUUUCAAACAGCAUAUGCUGCACAUAGACUUUCAUCAAGAUCACCCUGUUGAGGAAGUGGGCAGACUUCUGAUUGCACUGUUACUGCGACAUCAUGACCUUGGACAUGUAGCCCUUUCUCUUGUUGAGCACGGCCAAACAGAGCAGAGCAAAGACCCUCUCCCAAGGUCUAUUGUGGAACUAUUUAAAGUUGUUUCUCAGGCAAAGCGUCACCUCAUCAAGGUCCAUCAAGACCAAGCACGGUCUUAUAAGGAAGUUUGUGCACCUGUCCUAGAACGAUGUCACUUCCUGUUCAAUGAACUUCGUCCUGCAGUAGGGAACGAAGUGAAUGCUAUCACACGUUCCCAGCUUUUGAAGAGUGUGCCUCGAUGGAAGGAGGUGGUCAACAGAGUCAUGACUGAGAAAAAGAAAACCAAAGGUCUGUCUGAUGUUGUUGAGGAAACAGAGUCAGAGAUAAAAGAGGCUAGUAUUAUGACAAUGUCACUCUCCCAAACAGAUGACAUCACUGGGGCCACCGGAGGGGAGAACCCUACACAAACUAACGACCCUUCACAACUGGAGGAGAAUACUGAUGGUGGAGAGGUUAAAGUUUUCGCUAAGGGGACAGCCCCUCCGAUUGUUACGGAAACUACUGCGUCAGAUGUCACAGACAAAAAGGUUGAUUCCUGGAGUCAUAUCGUUGGUGCAGUGACAAGCUCACAGAAAUUUAGCUGGCUACGUCAACGCCUUACCGGCAGUAAGAUGGAGAUGCCUCUUGUAAACAACAUUAUUGAGUUUGUCUUGUAUGAACACCCAAUUGACAUUGAAAAACUCCGUAGAUCGCUUCAUUACCAGGUGGAGCGUGCCCAGCUGCGACUGAAGGGGAUACAGAGUAUGCUAGCUUUGGUACACAAAGAUCACUUAAUACCAUCAGUUAAAUAUGCUGUACUGUGUGGAUGGCAGGGGCUGCUCACAGUUGGCAAGAUGGCCUGUGAACCAGUCCCCCACUGUCUGUCCAAUGUGAAGCUGAUCCCUCCCUGUGACAGGAUCCUCCUGGAGCUUGCUUUUUCUCACCUGUACAGAUGGGCUAUUAACGAGCUUCGUAAUGGCAUUAUACAAUCUGACAUGAUGUUUAAGGCUCGGGGCAUCAAUCCAGCUGUCCCAGGCACUGACUCAGGGAAGGAGAGAUUAACCCUGGGUGCUCUGCCUCACUCUCGUUUCCUCCUGGCUACCAUGGGUAUCCUGGUGUCAGAGCAUCAUUCCAACAGUCUCAGUCUACUCAUGAACUCAGGUGUCUUAGGACUUACACAGACCCUGUUACGUCUAGCAGGUCCAGAUCCAGAGCGAAUGGCACAGGACAACUCCAGUUCAAUAUGUGCUGUCCUUGAGGAGCAGAAACACAAGAAACAGUCACAGCCUGUACCCAUCUCAGGGCCAGAGUUGGCAGCUAUGAUGAAAAUCGGGAUGAGAGUUGUACGAGGUGUAGACUGGAAAUGGGGAGACCAGGAUGGACCUCCUCCCAGUAUGGGGCGUGUGAUUGGUGAGCUAGGCGAAGAUGGCUGGAUACGGGUACAGUGGGACACUGGCAGUACUAACAGUUACAGGAUGGGCAAGGAAGGCAAAUAUGACCUAAAGCUGGCGGAACCUCCAGAGAUGCCAGAUAAUGAUGAAGAUGAGGAAGAAGAAUUAGACGUUGAUUCAAACAAACCAGAAAGCAGACACCCGACUGCCUUGUUGAGGAGGUCAACGCUGCACCUGCUGCGGUCACUGGCGAUAUGCUGUGCCCUAAACUCUGAAAGUACCCAGAAGGAGGCUGUCACAUCUCUGUGUGGAUUGAUGCGAAACAUUGUGGAUAGUGGCUGUAACUAUGGCCUCAAUGCCAACUCCGUGUCAGCCCAGGUAGCCUGUGAACAACAUUACAGUUGGUGCACCUUAGGAUUUAUGCGAGCCAUUGCCACUGGGACAUCAAUAUGUCACGCUUUCAGCACCCAACGCUGGGUAGAUCUUCUGCUGAAGAUGUUAGAGGAAGAUAACUCAUUGCAGAUGACGAAGAGUGUCACUAGACAAAUCCUUACCCUGAAAUUCUUGAGAGCGGUUCUGCCAUCCUGGGAUUUGUCAGUGAAAGAGUCUAGAGUGAAAGUUAUUGUACAUCAGUUGUUUGAGAUGUUGGGACGAAUCCUUAUAACAUGUGUCGCUGAUCCAACACUACUACCUCAGAUGGACACUCCCCGAAAAGGUCAGAAACAGCGGGCACCUGUGUCCUUAACUGCUUCUUACACCAGCACCAUUGCAGAGGAGCUUGUUGCACUGCUCAGGAAACUACACACAUGUGACUGUUGGAACAGACACAUUAAUGACUACAUCAUCUCACGCCUCUCCAAUAUUUCUGCUCUGAUGGUGGACAGAAUACAGCCUUCCAAUGAUGACCCAUGUAUGGUAACGUCACCAGAUCCCCAGAGAGGUGUCAUGGCUGCUCUAACUCUGAUUGGUGGAAUUGAUAACAGGCCUCAUCUGGGAGGACGGGUUUGUCAUGAUGUGUUCCACCAAGGCACAAUUGCUCGCAUCACACCCAAGGGAAAAAUACAUGUCCAGUUUGAUGAUGGCUUUCUCCGGGCCUGCAGACUUACAGAACUGUCUGCUUGCCCAAGUUUGGAGUUCUGUGUGGACAAGCUGACAAUGAAUGACCGUGUUUGUAGCAUGUGGUCAGGUUUGAUUAGUUUGGCCAGCACUGUGUCAAAGCCAGAGAAGGAGAUGAUAAAGGACCGUGCCCCGUUGGCUGCCAGUAUGGCUAGUGUGGAGUCUGAACUCCUCUCGUCUGCCUCCUUUGAUCUGUGUGAUCUUCGGCGCCAGCAGCUGCGUCUCUGCCUCAUCAAGGCUUGUCGUGUGCUGUUCAGUCGUCAAGAAAAGUUACGCCUCAUUAUGAGCCAGAGCUUGAACCAAGAGGCAGCACCUUCACCUGAUCCAGAACUUUCUGGCAGCGACGAUGAACUAGGUGAUGGACCAGAGCCACCCUCUACUUUAUUUCAGCAGCUGAUGCUGAGCGCCACACAACCUUCACCAUUAAAGGCUGUGUUUACACGAGAGGAGUUGGAGGCUGCCUCUCUCGCGGUAUGUCAGUACUUAACAGCAGCUAGUUUACUGGAUCAAGACGAGACUGACUCUUCAGACUCAGAGAGUGAACAUGAAGCAUCUGUUCCAUACAAGACUCAGACAUCUACCAACACCACCAGCAGCCGAACUACAAAGACCAAGAAAGCCAAGGCAACAUCUCAACAGCCUCCUCCUACUGCUGUUGUCACACAAAUUAUGGAGAUGGGGUUCCAGAGGAAACAUGUGGAGAUUGCGAUUAAAUCUAUGGCUGGAGGGUCACUGCAAGCCGAGGGAGACAGUCCCCGCCCAGAAGCACUAGUAAACUGGCUGAUAGAACACCCUGAGAUCAGCGCACUGGAGGAGUCAGACACAGAAAGCCUUUCCUCAGUUGACUCUUACCCUGAAUCAGACUCCACCUCGGAGGACUUUGAUGACCUAGAAGCCUAUGAUGGCAAUUCUAGUCUAGGGAUUUCAACAGAGCUUGGAGCAACUGGUACAGUACAGCCAUAUAAAAGACGAGCUGAUUUCCUCAGCAAUGAUGAGUACGCUAUGUAUGUACAGGAUAACAUUCAGACAGGCAUGUCUGUUAGAUGUUGCCGCACAUACGAAGAGGUACAGGAAGGAGACAUCGGAAAGGUUGUCAAGUUGGACAGAGAUGGACUUCAUGACCUUAACAUCCAGGCUGAUUGGCAGAGGAAAGAGGGAACCUACUGGGUUAGAUACAUCCAUGUGGAACUGCUCGGACAUCUAGGUCUGAGUGGUGGUUCAUCUCAACCUAUCAAAGUUGGUGAUAAAGUACGAGUGAAGCCAAGUGUGACCAUGCCGACAUACAAGUGGGGCUCUGUGACUCACCACAGUAUUGGCACAGUGACAGCCAUCAAUCCUAACGGCAGAGACUUGACAGUGGACUUUCCUCAGCAGGCUCAUUGGACAGGCAUCAUUGAUGAGAUGGAGAUCGUCCCCAGUACACACCCUGGGGUCAGCUGUGAUGAAUGCCAGGUCUUCCCAAUCGUGGGUCCCAGGUUCAAAUGUAAACUGUGUGAAGAUUUUGACUUUUGUGAAAAUUGUUUUCGCUCAAAGAAACAUCGUCAUCCAUUCAACAGAAUUUCAGAACCAGGAAGUGAGCCAGUACUUGUUGGUAAACCAGGAAAACACAAGAAAAAACUGUCUUUCCCAUUGUCUGGCUCAAUGAUUGAUGACUGGCACAGUUGUGUGAAGAGUUUGAUGGUCUCUUCUCGAGAAAACCAGGCCCAUCGUCUCAUUGAAGGAAACAGUGGCUACUGGCAGAGUUCAGGUUCACAAGGGAAGCACUGGAUCCGUCUGGAGUUACAGCCAGACAUCCUCAUCCACCGCCUGUACAUGAAGGUAGACCCUGCUGACUCUAGUUACAUGCCGUCUGUGGUGGUUCUUAGCGCUGGUGACUCCAUUAAUACCAUCAAGGAGAACAUAAAGACAGUGACCAUAGGUCCUACAGAUACACUUGUCACCCUGCUGGAAAACAUGAAUGAUUAUUUCCGAUUUGUGGAAGUCUCAGUGAAGCAGUGCCGCAGUAGUGGAAUAGACUGUAAGGUACACGGUCUGUCUGUUAUUGGCCGUCUUCGAGCAGAUGAAGAUGACAUGGCUGCCAGCUAUACAUUCCUUGCCUCCGACCGUGAAGAUGAAGACGAGGACAAGACUGUAACUACUCCCAUUAAUAAACGCAGGUCAAAGGUUCCCAGCAGCAAGGAGAUACAGACCCAUGUUUUCUGCUGGGGACUCAAUGAUAAAGACCAGUUAGGAGGGCCGAAGGGAUCUAAGAUUAAACUUCCGUGUCUCAAUGAAACUUUGUCUGCUUUGCGAUGUGUACAAAUUGCUGGCGGGUCCAAAAGUCUGUUCUGUGUAACACAGGAAGGAAAGAUGUUUGCCUGUGGUGAAGCUACUAAUGGCCGCUUAGGUCUAGGAAUUAGCUCAGGGACAAUCUCCGUGCCACGUCAACUCACCUCCCUCAGUCAGUAUGUCAUCAAAAAAGUGGCAGUUCACUCAGGAGGAAGACAUUCCUUGGCUUUGACUACUGAUGGCAAGGUGUUUUCCUGGGGAGAGGGGGAUGAUGGAAAAUUAGGCCAUUUCAGUCGCUGGAAUUGUGAUAAACCUCGUCUGAUAGAGGCCCUGAAGUCAAAGCGUGUGCGUGAUAUAGCAUGUGGAAGUUCUCAUAGCGCUGCCAUUACCUCCAACGGUGACCUGUACACCUGGGGACUGGGGGAGUAUGGACGACUCGGACAUGGAGACAAUACUACACAGCUCAAACCAAAACAGGUAAAAGUCCUUGCCAGUCAGCGUGUCAUGCAGGUAGCCUGUGGCAGUCGAGAUGCACAGACAUUAGCUUUAACUGAUGAAGGUCUUGUGUACUCCUGGGGAGAUGGUGACUUCGGAAAGCUUGGGCGAGGCGGUAGUGAAGGCUGCAAUGUGCCACAUGAGAUUGACCGACUGCGUGGUCUAGGUGUAUGUCAGAUUGAGUGUGGAGCGCAGUUUUCCCUUGCUCUUACAAAGACUGGCCAGGUUUGGACUUGGGGAAAAGGAGACUACUUUCGACUGGGACAUGGCAGUGAUGCCCAUGUAAGGAAGCCCCAGCUUGUUGAGGGACUGAAAGGGAAGAAGAUAGUACAUGUUGCAGUUGGAGCCCUCCAUUGUUUAGCUGUAACUGACUCUGGACAGGUGUAUGCGUGGGGAGAUAAUGACCAUGGCCAACAAGGAAACAGUACGACCACAGUUAACCGUAAGCCAGCCCUUGUCCAUGGACUGGAGGGAUAUAAAAUCACACGCGUGGCCUGUGGCUCCUCACACAGUAUCUCCUGGGCAACAACUGAUCUGUCAACCCCUACUUCACAUGAACCUGUACUUUUUUCAUCCUCCAGAGAUCCUCUCGGAGCUUCGCUUCUUGGUAUGAAUGAGAGUGUCACAGAUGAUGCCCAUUCUUCAGCACCUUCACCAUCCACGCAGACCACUAAAGUGAUUCGUCCUUCACUCGCCAAGAUCAUUCUAUCACAAGAGACAGAUCUCGCCAAACAACAGGCUCUUAACCAUGUUCUGACAGCGCUACAGAUCACUUAUGCCAGGGACACAAUUGUGAACUGUUUAGCAAAAGAACAAUUAGCCACACCUAUGUCAACUGAUCUAAAAAUGUCCACCAUGUCCACAUCGAUGACUGUGUCCACUCAUCAACCAACAGAUCUGACCAAUGCACACCCAUCUGAGAAUUCCGAAGUUGUUGACCACACAGAUAUUGCUCUGUCCAUUGUUGAGUCCACUCACUCUGAUAUCAAUACUGAAAUCCCAUCUUUUCCGAGCAUGCACAGCCUGGCAGCAAAGGUUUCACCUGCUACUAGUAUUAUGGCAGAAACAUUCACUUCGACAGAUCAGGUGACAUCAACUAUAGAGAAAGUUCCCACAUCAUUCCCACCAGGAUUGGACGAGUUCACAAAUCGUCUGACAGCAGAUGAUUGUCGUGUUCUUGUUGACCUACUUAAGUUAUCGGUGGGGUCACGAGUCGGAACGAAAGGUCGGGAGACAUUAUCAGAGAUUCUGACAUGUUUGGGAAGGGCAUAUCCCACUGUUUCGGAGAUGUUACUGGAACUUUGUGUUACUGAGCUAGAGGAUGUAGCUUCAGAUAGAGAGACUGGCCGUGCCAUGGCACAACCUGUUGUCCAGGAAAGUCCUCAUCCCUACAUAGACGACACCUCAAUGACUGGCCAUGUCAAAAUACCAGGAGCUGAAGCACUUCGUGUGGAAUUUGACCGUCGCUGUUCCACAGAACGUCGACAUGACCCUCUGACAGUGAUGGAUGGGUCAAGCCGUGCUGUAGCAACAAGAUCCGGACGAGAAUGGUCUGAUUGGUCUCAAGAACUAAGGAUCAUGGGCGAUGAAUUAAAAUGGAAGUUCACCAGUGAUGGUUCUGUGAAUGGUUGGGGGUGGUGCUUCACGGUCUAUCCCAUCAUGCCAGCUGCUGCACCAAUGGACAUGUUAUCUGACCGUACAAUCCUUUCAAGACCUUCCAUUGACCUUGUGACCUGCCUGCUGGACUUGAACCUGCAGAUGAGUCUGGACAAAGGCAUAGUGGCGAGGUUGGCAGCAGCAUUGGCUUCUUGUGCUCAGCUCAGCACAUUAGGUGCUAGCCAGAGAAUGUGGGCCCUUCAGAAACUACGCAAACUCAUGGCUGCUAGUUUUGGUGACCAGUCCAUCAACGUCAAUGCACUACUGGCCAGUCCUAGUUUGGACAGCCCUGACCAGGAAGUUCCACGCCCUUUUACCAUGUCCUUGAGUGGAUCAUCUCUAGCAUCUCUUGUAAAGGGUCUCCCAGAGGCUCUACAGCGCCAGUACGAGUACGAGGACCCUAUCGUCCGCAGUGGUAAACAUCUCAUGCAUAGUCCAUUCUUUAAGGUGCUUGUGGCACUUGCCUGUGACUUGGGGCUGGACAAUCUACAAUGUUGUACAGAGGCUCACAAAUGGGUAUGGUUCCGUCGUUACUGUACUGCGGCCCGCGUGGCAGCAGCGAUGGUGAAGAGGACGACCUUCCCACCUGUGUUUCUGGAGGAGGUCCGUAAAAAGAUCAAAGAUAUAUCUGGUGAUGGCGAGGAAUUCACAAAAUCACAUGAACAACAUACUGUCUUUACACAGGAUAUGGAUGAACAGCUGCUUCUAUGGCUAAAUAGGAAACCAGAGGACUGGACGCUGUCUUGGGGAGGAAGUGGUCAGAUUCUUGGCUGGGGUCACAACCACAGAGGUCAGCUGGGCGGUGUUGAGGGGGCAAAGGUCAAAUUACCAAUCAGCUGUGAAUCUCUGGCUAAUCUCAGGCCUGUACAAUUAAUUGGAGGAGAACAGACUUUGUUUGCCAUUACAGCAGAAGGAAAGGUGUAUGCCACAGGAUAUGGAGCAGGUGGCCGCCUGGGAAUCGGUGGCACAGAUUCAGUCUCUAAUCCUACACUGUUAGAGUCAAUACAGCAUGUGUUUAUCAGGAAACUGGCCGUCAACUCAGGAGGCAAACAUUGUCUAGCCCUGUCUGCUGAAGGGGAGGUGUACUCCUGGGGUGAAGGAGAGGAUGGAAAGCUGGGGCAUGGAAAUAGAAGUCCAUGUGACCGCCCACGUGUAAUUGAUUCUCUGCGAGGUAAGGAGGUGGUGGACAUUGCAGCAGGUGGAGCCCACAGUGCUUGUAUAACCUCCAGUGGGGAACUGUACACCUGGGGCAAAGGACGUUAUGGACGUCUGGGCCAUGGGGAUAGUGAAGACCAGCCUCGCCCCAAACUGGUAGAGGCAAUGAAAACUCACCGUGUCAUAGAUAUGGCUUGUGGAAGUGGCGACGCCCAGACUCUCUGUAUCACCGACGAUGAUAAUGUAUGGUCCUGGGGUGAUGGCGACUAUGGCAAGCUGGGGCGUGGGGGAAGUGAUGGUUGUAAGGUACCAAUGAAGAUUGACUCUCUACAGGGUCUGGGUGUGAUGAAGGUUGAGUGUGGCUCGCAGUUCUCUGUAGCUCUCACCAAAUCAGGGGCUGUGUAUACAUGGGGCAAGGGAGACUAUCACCGCCUCGGACAUGGAACUGAUGAUCACGUACGUCGGCCUCGACGUGUGUCUGCACUACAGGGCAAAAAGGUCAUCGAUGUUGCGUGUGGCUCACUUCACUGUGUAGCGUGUACAGAUGCAGGUGAGGUGUAUACCUGGGGAGACAAUGAUGAAGGACAACUUGGGGAUGGUACCACUAAUGCUAUACAGAGACCUCGCCUUGUAGCAGCUCUUCAGGGAAAGAAGAUAAAUCGUGUGGCUUGUGGCUCUGCCCACAGUCUGGCUUGGUCUACUAAUAAACCGGUGAGUGCAGGGAAGUUACCAUCAGCAGUUCCGAUGGAGCAUAACCUUCUUCAAAGUGUGCCAAUAUCGGCCCUGAGGAACCGCCUUGUCCUACUUCACCACUUUUCUGAUCUCUUCUGUCCAUCCAUUCCAAUGUUUGACCUACAGGAUAGGAAUAUGUCGGAGACAUCAGAUGAUAGUGUUCGUGGGCUGGACAGUCUGAGAGGUGUUAUUGUGUCAUCAGCAAAGGAAACAGCCUUCAGAAAGGUGGUACAGGCUACAAUGGUACGGGACAAACAACAUGGGCCUGUGGUAGAACUCAACAGGAUACAGGUGAAACGGUCACGGAGUAAAGGUGGUCUGGCAGGACAAGAUGGCAUGAAAGCAGUGUUUGGUCAGAUGAGUUGUAAGCUUGAUGUGUUUGGUCAAGACAGCCUGAUGCUGCCUCAUCGUGUUUGGAAGGUCAAGUUUGUAGGAGAAAGUGUGGAUGACUGUGGAGGUGGUUAUAGUGAAUCAAUAGCCGAGAUGUGUGACGAGCUUCAGAAUGGUUCUCUCCCCUUACUCAUCAUGACUCCUAACGGCCGAGAUGAAUCUGGAGCCAACAGAGACUGUCACCUUUUGAACCCUAUGCUAAACACUGUGCAACAUAUGUCCAUGUUCAGGUUUCUUGGUGUUCUGUUCGGGAUUGCCAUCAGGAGUGGAAGUCCCCUCAGUCUAAAUAUAGCUGAGCCUGUCUGGAAGCAGCUGGCAGGGAUGACCCUUACAAUAGCUGAUCUGACUGAAGUGGACAAGGACUUUGUGCCAGGUCUGAUGUGUAUAAAAGAGAUGGAUGAUACGUCCCUUACUGCUGCGGAGAUGCCGUUUAGUGUGCCGAGCUCCUCAGGCCAGGAAAUCAAUCUUAGCUCAAAAUAUGCACGAAUCACACCAGAGAACAAAGCAGAGUUCAUACGACUAGCCAUUACCUACAGACUUCAUGAAUUUGAUGAGCCAGUGAAGUGGAUACGAGAAGGCAUGACAAAGGUGAUUCCAGCAGCCCUACUUUCUCUGUUUACUGGACUGGAGUUGGAGACCAUGGUGUGCGGCAGCCCUGAUAUUCCUCUGAACCUACUUAAAUCUGUAGCCACAUACAAAGGUAUAGAUGCCACAGCACCACUUGUACUCUGGUUCUGGGAAGUCAUGGAGGAUUUUACUAACACAGAGCGUUCACUGUUCCUUCGUUUCGUCUGGGGACGUACUCGUCUUCCUCGCACCAUUGCAGAUUUCCGAGGACGUGACUUUGUAUUACAAGUUCUGGAUAAGUACAGCCCCCCUGAUCACUUCCUUCCAGAGAGUUACACUUGCUUCUUCCUUCUCAAAAUGCCACGCUACUCUUGUAAAAUUGUGUUACGGGAAAAACUGAAGUAUGCCAUCCACUUCUGUAAGUCAAUUGAUACAGAUGACUAUGCUCGUGUGGCACUGACGGGAGAACUCUUAGACGAAGACACUCCAGAUGUUAGCGAGGAUAUGGAAGACCUGGAAAGUAUGGACUCUGAAGGCGAGAUCGCUGAUUCCGAUUGCAGUCUGUGAUAAAAAUUAUCAUUAGUUUUACAUAAUCAACCCAGUGAUUCAAGAAAGAUAACUCCUCUGAAAAGAUUCUUGCUUUCAUGUUUGGAUCAAGAAUCAGUAGAAUAUUUCAAAAAUCAGAUCACCACUAAAUAUUUCCGAGGAAUUAUCAGUGACAGAUGAAAAACUCAGAGCUUCAUUUCCAUCAAAACACCAACUCCACCAUGAAGUAGGAGAGAUCUGUCACCGAGUAUUCUUUAAGUUGGGGGAAAACUUUCCUGAGUGAAAAUAGAGGAUUUCAUAUAUCAUUGUUUAUACUAGUCCACUGUUGUAUAUGUAUACCAGAACUGAAGUGCUCAUUAAGCAUUGAUAACAUGGUUUUUUUGUUUUGUUUUUUUGAUGAGUCGUCGCUGUUGUAGUGCUAAUCCAUACAAUAUAAUGUACAGGUAUACACUUUAGAAAAGGUCCCCCAAGAUUGCCUACAAAUCUUCUGUACAUUGUUUAAGAAGAAAACUUAUAUUACCAUAUAAGGUAUUGUGUUGAAACAGUAUUAGGCCAAGCAAACAAUUGUUUUGUUUCUAAAUUUUGGUUCUCAAGAAAUAGGUUUCAUUUGGUAGGUAAGCUUCCUAUUGUGAAUUAUACUUCUGGAAAGUGAGAUUUGUUACAGGUAUGGAAAGGAAACAGUUUGUAUACUCCAAAUUAAAUCAGAGUCUAUAAUUAAAUGAUCAUUUGUUUGCUCACACUGGUCGAAGGGAGACAACUCGAGUCCCAUUAACUGGUAUCAUUUAAUGAUAGAGAAAUGUUGUGAUAAGUGUUCAUAUAAAUGAAAGUACAAUGUAAUUUUUUUUUUUAAGUUUUAGAAAUGAUGACCUCGGUAUAGUUUGGUUUUUUAUUUCAUUCAUAUUCAUUUUAAUAUUUUUGACAUUGUGAAUUUUUCACGCUUUUACAUAGACGACAUCUUAAUAAUUCAAUGUUAUUAUUAUGAGUCCUUGCAUUAAGUGUAAUGAAAUAUUUUCAUAUGGAAAUCGUUUUCAGGAAAUAUGUGAGGUCAGGUCCUGAGAAAUUAAAAGUUUUCCAUUGAAAACGAUUUUUAAAAUUGAUUAGUAUAAAGCAAUCUAACAAGAAUGACUAUAAGUUUUCCAUCUGUAUGUUUUGUUUAUAACUUGUCGUCUAUCAAUGCUCAUUAAGAAAUACCUAGUCCUUGAUUAAAAAUUGGUGAUCAUUUAUACGUGUACUUACAUUCCCCUGAUUAACCUACCCCACACAAUGACAUUUGUCUGUCGACAUCAGUACGCACACAUUCCCCUUAUUAACCUACCCCACACAAUGACAUUUGUCUGUCAAUAUCAGUACCCACACAUUCCCCUUAUUAAUCUACCCCACACAAUGACAUUUGUCUGUCAACAUCGGUACCCACACAUUCCCCUUAUUAACCUACCCCACACAAUGACAUUUGUCUGUCAACAUCGGUACCCACACAUUCCCCUUAUUAACCUACCCCACACAAUGACAUUUGUCUGUCAAUAUCGGUACCCACACAUUCCCCUUAUUAACCUACCCCACACAAUGACAUUUGUCUGUCAAUAUCGGUACCCACACAUUCCCCUUAUUAACCUACCCCACACAAUGACAUUUGUCUGUCAAUAUCGGUACCAACACAUUCCCCUUAUUAACUUACCCCACACAAUGACAUUUGUCUGUCAAUAUCGGUACCCAAACAUUCCCCUUAUUAACCUACCCCACACAAUGACAUUUGUCUGUCAAUAUCGGUACCAACACAUUCCCCUUAUUAACUUACCCCACACAAUGACAUUUGUCUGUCAAUAUCGGUACCCAAACAUUCCCCUUAUUAACCUACCCCACACAAUGACAUUUGUCAGGACCGUGAAUACCAAUGUUAAAAUCAAUAAUCAUGGUAAUGUUGACAGUAAACUGUUGAAGAGUAUGUACAGUGGAAUGGCUUUUUUAUGUACAGUAUCACCUGCAUCAGAUCGAAGAUCAUUUUAGUUAAAUAAAUUUAUCUCCACAUGCAGGAAAUGAAAAUUCAAUUACAGAUAAUUUGAUAAGUUUAGAUAUGACAUGUUUGAUUUUAUCAACAAAUAUAUCAUUAUGAACUAUCAUACUACAAGAUGUUUAUUUACAAAGCUGGUUAAUUCUUACAAUUGUAAAUAAUAAAUCUUUAAGUUCACUUAAGUAUUGCACCUGUAAUAUACAAAUAAGGUCUUAAAUGGCCAAUUAUAUGGGUCGCCAUAACUAGACUGCCCAGUUUUUUAUCAGCAAAUUGAAAUUGUCCUUGUGGAUUACCUAUUGAAUCUAAGAGUGUUAAAUUAUAUACCGGUCACUUGAUGAUAUUUUUGAUAUUAGGUGUGUAGAUAUAGGUAUCGGCUUUACGAUUGGUUGAAAGGAAACAGGUCUACACAGAUCCGUUUAUAAUUAUCACCUUAAACAUUUCUGCAGUCGUUGUUGUGUUGAUGUCAGACAUGCAGUAAAACAACACCAUUGUGGAUAUAUCAGUUGUAAACAAUGUGUCACGUUAUCGCCCAAUUUAUAAUUUACCUGAUGAGUGCCAGCCAUUUUGAAGGGUUUCCUGUUGUUUUUCAGGACUAUUUAUCAAUAACGUUAUAUAUUUCAUUGUCAAUAUAAAGUUACAUUGAAUGUCAUUCAUUUCAUUGCUGUGUACAAAGCUAUGUGAUAACGUAGGGCCCCUGCAUUCUCAGUAUCAUGUUUACAGUCAUUACAAGUCAAGACACACAUACAGAGAAAGUUUCCUAAGAUCAAUCUCAGUAUCAUGUUUACAGUCAUUACAAAUCAAGACACACAUGCAGAGAAAGUUUCCUAAAAUUAUUCUCAGUUUAAAUAAUAGCCAUAUCAAUGUCUGUUAUUAGGAUCAGUGUUUGGUCCAACAAUAUUUAUACACUUUUACAUUCACUUCAACUGUAAAACGCACAUGCUCUACAUGUCUUGCUUUUAUUUUUGUAAAACUUGAGUUCCUGGAACUAGCAAUCAUAAAGGAGUUUUAAACUUCGAGUGAAAGCUGAAAAUUACUGAUAUUAUCAUUAUGAGACUAGAGUUUCACACUUGUUGAGACAUCAAGAAAAUUACCCAUCUUUGAUGAUAUCACAAUUUAAGUUUUUAUUUAAAUUUAAAACUGUGAAAUGUUCCUGGAAUCAAGAUGUGUAAGGGUCCUUGUGAUUGUGAUUCAAACUCUGUGUGACUUCAAAUUAUAUCAUGAUAAAUUCAAACUACCGUAUGAAAUUUGAAGAUUGGUAUAAUACCCAUAUUUGGAGAUACAUAAUCUUCAAAACUGGUUUUAAUGUGUUUAAACUGAAGUUUGGGUGUAUAGAGAUUAAUACUGCCCAUAUUUAAUUGAGUGUAUAGAUACAAUGUGGCAUAAUGGUAUAUAAAGUAUGCUGGAAAAAUUCUAACAGACCGGUAAUAUAAUAUUGUCAGUGAGUAUAGGUGAUCAUUUCAUAAUGUUAUAAGAGAUAUGUGUUUGUGAUAAUUGUUGCUAAUGUUGUAUUUGGUUUGAUUGUUUAUACGACAUGUUGCUGACAUGUCGGUAUGUGUCGAUCAGGUGAUCACAUGUGUCGGUAUGUGUCGAUCUGGUGAUCACGUGUGUCAAUCUGGUGAUCACAUGUUUCGGUAUGUGUCGAUCUGGUGAUCACAUGUUUCGGUAUGUGUCGAUCUGGUGAUCACAUGUGUCGGUAUGUGUCGAUCUGGUGAUCACAUGUGUCGGUAUGUGUCGAACUGGUGAUCACAUGUGUUGGUAUGUGUCGAUCUGGUGAUCACGUGUGACGGUAUGUGUCGAUCUGGUGAUCACGUGUGUCGGUAUGUGUCGAUCUGGUGAUCACGUGUGUCAAUCUGGUGAUCACAUGUUUCGGUAUGUGUCGAUCUGGUGAUCACAUGUUUCGGCAUGUAUCGAUCUGGUGAUCACGUGUCGGUAUGUGUCGAUCUGGUGAUCACGUGUGUCGGUAUGUGUCGAUCUGGUGAUCACGUGUGUCGGUAUGUGUCGAUCUGGUGAUCACGUGUGUCAAUCUGGUGAUCACAUGUUUCGGUAUGUGUCGAUCUGGUGAUCACAUGUGUCGAUGUGUCGAUCUGGUGAUC